AUGGUAAUUUUUGUGGCGGAGGUUGUAAUGGUGAGAGGUGGGACGGAGGGGGUAUCAUGGAAUGGUGCAGCUACAAACUUUCCAAUAUUUGCAGAGAUAGUUCCGGACAAGUCUCCGACAAGCAUUUACUCUUUGGAUAGAACUUUCGAGUCUAUAUUAGCAUCUUUUACUCCUCCGGCAGUCGGACUUCUAUCUCAGCAUGUUUGUGGAUAUAAACCAAUUCCUCAAGGAUCAACUCAAUCAGUUGAGAUAGAAAUGGGUAGAGGAAAUGCUGCAUCACUAGCCAAGGAACUUUAUGCAUCAAUUGCUAUUCCGAUGAUACUGUGUUGCCUCAUUUACUCCUUUCUCUAUUCUACUUACCCUAUAGAUAGGAACCGAGCAAGAAUGAAGGCAUUGGCAUUGAUUGAAUCAGAAAUGGUACAGUUGGAGCCAAAUUAUCUUCUAGCAGAAGGAGAGUCCUCCCAAUUCCAGGAUUCUGAAGCUCGUAGAAAAGACACUGUGAUUGGACUAGAUUAUGGCCGUGAUAUAACAAUGAUAAUGAGAAAAGGACCCAACUUUCUAAUACAGACAAGGAUCAACAAAUGGAGCAUCUGGGGGCUCAGAAUAGAGAUCGAGGGGAAACAGCUCAACUACAAUGACGUCAACUUGACUACAUUUUUUCCAGUAGGCCUUCAAGAGACAUUUUUGCUAUAUUAA